ACUUCAUUUUUUUCCUUAGGGGUGGUGGCCGCUGUUUUGCUUCAUAGCCUCCAGAUCAGCCCACGAAAGCAUGGGAAUGUUGCGAGGGAAUUUCUGAGUAAACUUGUUUAAAAGUGACAGAUAAGUUACAGUAAGUUUCCGAGAAGCGGUUCCACAUCCUAGGAGUUCCGCUGUAACGCUAAAGGCCGGCAAAGACACGCUGUUGGGACACUUUUCCAGCGACCAAUUCCGGACAAAGGAAAAGAGAGUUGUGAGCUAACGUUAGCUGGUUCCAAGCUAACUUAGCAUUCCUGUAGCUGCGGCGCAAUGCAGGCCAUAAAGUGUGUCGUUGUCGGAGACGGAGCUGUGGGUAAGACCUGCCUGCUCAUCAGCUACACCACCAAUGCCUUUCCUGGAGAGUACAUCCCCACAGUGUUUGACAACUAUUCUGCCAAUGUCAUGGUGGACGGGAAGCCCGUGAACCUGGGCCUUUGGGAUACAGCAGGCCAAGAAGACUAUGACAGACUCCGCCCACUUUCCUACCCACAGACGGAUGUGUUUCUCAUCUGCUUUUCGCUUGUGAGUCCUGCCUCAUUCGAAAACGUCCGUGCCAAGUGGUAUCCAGAGGUGAGGCACCAUUGUCCCAACACCCCCAUCAUCCUGGUGGGUACCAAACUGGAUCUGAGGGAUGACAAGGACACUAUAGAUAAGCUGAAGGAGAAGAAGCUGUCUCCGAUUACCUACCCCCAAGGCCUGGCCAUGGCCAAAGAGAUUGGUUCUGUCAAGUACCUGGAGUGCUCAGCCCUGACUCAACGUGGCCUUAAAACUGUGUUUGACGAGGCCAUCCGGGCCGUCCUCUGCCCCCCGCCCGUCAAGAAGAAGAAGAGGAAGUGCUCUCUCCUCUAAGAGUUCCUCCAGUGGAACGGUUACAGUGGAACAUGAUCGCUAGCGACGAGGGUGGCUACAGACACAGGAGAAACACACCAGUAUACACACACAAACUAUGUACUUCAGAUUCUUUCCUUCCAUAAGUGUAGCUUCAGCAGUUAAAGCAGCUGGUUCCAUGAUAAAUUGGGCAUAGGGUCAGAUUAAAGAGAUUGGGUACAGACCCUAGUUUUUCCUUAACGUCACUCCAUUCAUACUGUAUAGACGAGUCUUUGAAAAAAUGAAACUCUUGAGGCCUUCUGAAAAUGGAUUGGAUGUUUUGUAAAACAAACCGUGGAAUGUUUUCAAUUCGUUCUUCCACUGGUUGUCCACCUUGUCCUUUUUUUUUGUUUACAGUCGUAGUUGUUUGUUUUGAGUGGAAGAAAUAUUGCCAAAUGCAUUCUGCAGAAAAGGUGUAUUUUAGCUGACAAGAAAACCUUUUGUUCCAUUGUCUGAAAACCGUUUUAGCACAGCUGACAGUUUGGUUUUGUGUGCUGCGUUUUGUUCAGCUGCAGGAUCAAAAGCAUUUAUUAAUUUCACGUUCACAUGCGAGGGCCGUCAUGUCAUUGCAUCGUCAACAAGGAACUUACGGUAAACAUCUGUGAAGUUAUUUUUGCCGCAAAUUACUGUUCAUGUACCAUAACCUUUUUAACAGUAGUUUUCAGUCUUAGCACAUGAUUCUUGUUAAAGCAUUCUCACUGACUGAACAGCACCUGAAAUGUACUGAACCUUCAGACUGUAAGCAGGUUUGCUGACACCGACAGUGCUAUUACCCCCUAAAAUGAAGACGACCCAGUAUUUUAAGUGUUCAGCUUCCAUUGGACCUGUCGACUUAAUGGUAUUUUUUCUUUCCUGUUUGCAACAUUUCCCUGCAAGUGUCUAAACUGUAUCGCUGCCCAAGUGCAAAGCUCCAACCUUUCUUAGAUAUAACGGAUUAGAACUAUUUAGGUAUUUUGGUGGUGGGAAACAAGAGCACCUUUAAAGCUCUGUGGGCAUUUAUCAGAAAACCUUCGUGCAGCAGAUUUUAAUAGCAUCACUACUGGCUAAGCAAUGUCACUAAGAAGAGCAUUUAUGCCUGCUAAUAACAGUAACAAAGCUACUGUCGGUUAUGGUGUAGUAUCUUUUGUUAUAAUCAUGUGAUUGACUAUUUUUUAUCUCUCUUUACAGAAGUUACACUUCACUCACUGUAUUGUUAAACUAACACUAUGAAUAUCGUUUGUUUAUUACCUCUACAGUUAACGCUACCUUAAUCUCCCUACAAGCCUAGCUUUUUGUAAUUAAUGCUGAUAGCAUGUAUGUGCAACAUAUACUGAAAACUAAGAUUAGAAUUGCUACAGUUAUAUUUUUGCCUAUUUACAAAUGUAUUUGAACUACUAGAUCAGGGGUUAAGUACAUGUUGCUCAUCUGUAUUGUAUUCAGACAUCAAGCUGUGCUUUAAUUCAAGCCAAUGUUGUGACUCUUUAGUUUUAUGAAUAAAAGCUAUUGUCACUUUUUGAAAAAGCCAAUAAAGUCCAAAAAAAUAGA